AUGACAAUCGAAUGUAAACGACCUUCAUAUUCUGCAGUUAAGGCUCAAUUAGAUGCAUAUCGUUUGGCGAAUCUAGUGCCUAGUGAGGUAGAAAUUACAUUGCCGAAAGUUGCUGAAAAAUCUGUUGGCGGUGCUCCUACAAAAGAAUCAACUAAACCAUCAAGAAUUAUCGCUAUUUUCAAUUUAUGGUAUAUACAAUUGAGCAUUACAUUACUAUUAUGGCUCUUAGCUAUAAAAAUUGAAUUCGGUGCUGUGUUUUUCAUAAUUGGCGCAUUAUACUGGCUAUGGGUAUGGGGUACAACAAAAAACCCGAAAUCUUCUGUUUCCAAUAAUCCUGAUGAACAAAUUAUAUCUGCUGGUUUCUUUUUUGAUAGUUCACCCAUUCCUUCAAGAGUUGUUAUUUAAUACAAUCUUUUUUUUUCAUAAAAAAAAUAACCAGUAUAAUGUAUUGCUCGGGAUCUUUGUGAGUUACUUAAUAAGUUUAUGUUGUG